AUGGUGGUCCACCAGCUGGGCAGCAGGGGCCGAGUGGCAGCCGAGAGAAGGGGAAGCCGCUGUGAGGACAGGAAGCAGACGCUGUUGGCACUGCUGGUCCUGGUGCUCUAUGUGGGCACAGGAAUAACAGGAAGAAGUUGGGAGGUGUCAGAAAGGAUCAGAGAAUGUAACUACCCCCAGAAUCCUGUGACUUCCCAGGUGUUUGAAUACCAGACCAGUGACUCCCCAGAAGAGCCGAUCAAGGUCAUGAGGACCUGGUUGAAAGAGAACUUGCAUGUUUUCUUGGAGAAGCUAGAGAAAGAGGUGCAAGAGCUGGAGCGGCUGGUCCGGGACCUGGAGGAAUGGCUGGAUGCCCUCCUGGGAGAGGGGCACCCGGAGGAGCUCUGCUCCACCCUCAGAAAUCACCUGUGA